AUGGCUGGUGCACGUGGUGAACGCCGUGAGCAGCGCAUUAUAAGUGGAGGAACGCCGGGUCAAGACUACUUCAUGGGCAAGGAUCAAGUGCUCAAACACUAUGCGUCCGAGCAUUCUUUGAAUGUAGCUCCCUCCGACGAUGGCCCAGCUACGGAUGCUGAAGUUGCCGACAGUAUCCUCGGUCAGAGCUCGGUGCCACCCUCAGCAGACUCGACGUCGCUGACGCCCUCUACAGGAAGCGGCGCAGCCGAGCGUCGUGUAUCGAGUGACGACGAGAGGAUGCAUCAUUUGGUGCAACAGCCUCAACCUAAGGUUAUGAUGCCGAUGAAACCUUCGCCAGCGUACCUGACAAUGGAGUGGACUCGGACAACGGAUCGAAGGCGAGCAGCAUCAUGUCCAGUGAUUAAGAGGACGACCUCAACCAAAUGGAAGACGGUGAUGACCCGGAAGAGUUUGGUGACCUUGACUUCGGUGAAGAGCCAGCUGAAGACGAUAUUGUGGAUGAUGACGAGAUCAACGCUCCCGAAGGAGACACUGAUGAAGGGCAACGGGAAGGCGUAG